AUGGGAGUUUCUUAUGGCUACCAUAAAUCGCUCGCGUCAUUCCUUCGACUCCUCGUGAAGCCCAGACUCCAUCUAGAUCCCAAGCCCGACGAAGUAGUUCUCGUCCCAUCGCGCGAUGACGGUCAACCCAUCAAGACAAACAUCUACAACCCAGCCCCCCAACCCGGCCCAGCCCCCGUCCUAAUCAACUUCUGCGGCAGUGGCUUCGUCCUCCGUACCUUUGGCUCAGACGAUGAAUUCUGCCGCUUUGUCGCGGACAAUGCCCACUACACCGUAAUCGACGUUCAAUAUCGCCUCGCCCCGGAACACCCCUUCCCAGCAGCCUUCCACGAUGCCGAAGACGUAGUGAGCUGGGUACGGUCGCAACCCGAACGCUUCGACCUGACACAGCUCUCGCUGUCUGGAUUCAGCGCGGGCGCCAACAUCGCCUUGUCUGUGGCCGCGGCGUCAGAGCAGUUCGACCCGAGACAAGGGAUAUUCGACACGGUCAUCUCCUUCUACGGACCGAUGGAUAUGUCUAUCCCCACCCCAGAAAAGCCCCAGGCAGAUCGCCGCAAUUGGAUCAUGCGCGACAUCUUCCCGCCCUUCUCCCAUCUGUGUCAUAAGUGUCUCAAUCUGGGGAGAGUCGAUCCUAAGGAUCCGCGGAUGUCGCCUAUCUUCGCGGAUCCGGACUGCUUCCCCAAUAAGACUCUGAUAGUCACUGCGGCGCAGGAUUCUUUUGCUAUUGAGGCCGAGGAGCUGUCGAAGAAGUUGAAUGGGACGGAAGGGAAGCUCUCCGUGUGUGAGCGGAUGGAGGGGUGCGCUCAUGGGUGGGAUAAGGAGGCUAUUAGAGGGACAUCUCAGUGUGAUGCGAAGGACAAGGCUUAUAAAAUGGCUGUUGAUAUUCUGCUGCAGAAGGAGCGUGGAGCAGUGCCUACUGCUGUGUGCUGA